AUGUCUGUCAAUAUCAACCGCAGUGUUUCAGACCAGUUCUAUCACUACAAGAUGCCCUGUCUGAUUGCCAAGGUUGCGAGCAAAGGAAAGGGAAUAAAGACAGUUAUAGUCAACAUGGUUGACAUCGCAAAGGCACUUAAGGGGCCUCCAAAGUAUCCCACCAAAUAUUUUGGUUAUGAGCUGGGAACACAGACCCAUUUUCAUGUAAAGAAUGACCAUUACAUUGUCAAUGAAUCUAAUGAAGUGAAUAAGCUGCAAGACAUGUUGGAUGGAUUCAUUAAAAAUUUUGUUCUCUGUCCUGAGUGUGAGAAUCAUGAAACAGAUCUGCAUGUGAAUCUGAAGAAGCAAACAAUAGCUAAUUCUUAUAAAGCCUGUGGCUAUCGAGGCAUGCUUGACACACAUCAUAAACCCUGCAAGUUCAUUCUCAAAAAUCCACCUGAGAAUAGUGACAGUGGUACAGGAAAGAAAGAAAAGGAAAAGGAAAAUAGAAAGUGCAAAGACAGGGAAAUCAAAUCUUUUCUUGGUAAACUGGUCAAAUGGGGGUUCAACUAUUAUUUUUUAGUAACCCAUUUACUUAGGUAUUCAAUAAUCAGACAGGCAGCUUUGUAA